AGUAACUGAAAUGCGUCGCUAGCGAUCGCAUCGGAACGAUACAUCAACCAUCAUGCUUUGGAUUUAUUUGACUUGUGUAAUCUGUUUCCAUAUCCACCAGUCCCGUGCUCUAAUAACCAGUGAAAAUGAUUGCUUCAACCGAUUCAUCGAUCCGAUCGAUAUGAAAAAUUGCAAUAUCACAAGUUUGCAUCCGAAUCACUUCACUGACCACAGCCGCAUUACAACCUUGGAUAUGAGUGACAAUCCCGAUUUCGACUUCCCAUCAAACGGAACGGCGUUCCUUUACCACGAUAGACUACGAUACUACCGUUGUGAGAGCUGUGGUAUAACAACGAUCUACGAGCAAACGUUCGCUGGACUCCCCCAACUGAAGCUGCUCAAUUUAAGGUCAAAUCACAUUAAAGUGAUUCCAGCAGAAGCAUUCACUCACAAUCGGCUACAGUUUUUAAUAGUGGCUAAUAAUCAAAUUGAAACAUUCAACGAACAGCAUAAAUUAGACAGCAUGCAACAUCUGCUACAGUUGGACGCCAGUGAAAAUCAAGGAUUCCAGUUGAAUAAACUGUCGAUUGCUCUCAGCAAUUUCGAGUAUAUAGUUUGUAGUGAGUGCAAAAUCUCAAUUGUCCAAGAGCAAUGGUUUGCGCAGAUAACGCGUUUAAGAAAAGUGAUUUUGGAAAACAAUGAUAUUCGCGUGAUUCCAAGAAAUUGCUUCAGUGGAAAUAACAGGCUGACUUAUUUGAAUCUAAACUACAAUCCACUGCAGAGAUUUGGUUUUGCUAAUGAGAGAAUAGAAACUCUAUCAUGUAUUGGGUGCAAUCUAACGCAUCUAGAUGAUGAUAGCUUCAAACAUCUUCCAGGCUUAAGGGUCCUUGAGUUGCAAAACAACUCUAUCAAAAGCGUUGAUCCACAAACCUAUAUGUCUAACAGUUGGUUACAUAGUCUUUAUUUGGACAAUAAUGAACUUACGAGUUUUCCGAUUGAGAUCUUAAAACUAACACCAGCACUAAAAGUGCUAUGCUUAGACAACAACUUCCUCCAAUCAAAUAAAAACAUCAGUGUUCUCAGCAACUUGUACAAAGCCCUGGAAUUUCGUGACAACUGUGCCGCUGGAUUAAACCAGCUACAUCACUUCGAACACUUUCUUCCGAGUACGAACUUGGUUGGGAAAUCUCUUUACGAAAAAGAUUUACCGCAGUGCAAUGAGCUGGUUAACAUUUCCAAUCGACAAGUAGUUUUCAUACAUCCGCUGGCGUACAAUAACUGCCACUCGCUCAAUACGUUGGAAAUGAACGGAAACUCCAACUUUUCGUUCUACAGAAACCAUCCACUCCUGUACAGUAAGUCGUUGGAAGUCUACUCUUGUACACAUUGCGGAAUAAGAGCUAUUUUUGAGGACACGUUCCAGCAUCUUCCACAGCUAAGGAAACUUCUGUUGCAACACAACUAUCUAUUAAAACUAACCUCAGUUGACCUAUUCACCUUGAACUCACAACUAAGUAUCAUUGAAUUGGAUUAUAAUCAUCUCCGGCAGCUAAGCGUUAACUUAUUAGAGUCACACAAAAACGUAUCCACGCUCAACUUCAACCACAAUUCCAUGCUAUCGUUUAGCUCUGAGGCUUCCUUUCUCGUUCAGCAAAUCGCUACUAACUUCCAGGCCGCAUACUGCGCCAUCGAUCACAUCACUGAACUAAGCUUCCGAGCAAUGCCAUCCUUGCUGGAAAUCGACGUUUCAAACAAUCCAAUAACUUCCAUCGAUCCUGGGGCAUUUGAACGUAACAGGCAGCUUCGGAUAUUGAAGCUGUCCAAUACUCAUCUACGGGUACUCCCUGUAGCUUCGAUUGCACCGUUAGGUCACCUUAAGGUACUCUGUCUUGACAGUAUUCAACGGUACGUGAUCGGCGAUCCGCUGUACUCGGGGAAUAAUGCCAAGCUGAGGGAUUUGAUUAUGACAAAGAAAUUGUACUGUAAUGGAAGGGAGUUAUUUUUUGCUUCGCAGUUGGCACAGGAAAGAUCGCAGAUGGCGCCAGAAAAACCGCAGUUAGCACGGUAUCGUCAACCCAUAUUGAGGUCCAGUGGAUCGAUAAGUGAUGGUUCCAUUGUGACUACUGCCAUGUUGAGUGUAUUUAUUUCCUUGCGAUUCAAAUUUCUUUGAGCAUCUUAGAUUUUCAACGGAGUUACUGUGCAUCACAAAUCAAAAGGAGUAGGAGAGAGUCUCAAAUUAAAAAAAAACAAUUGCGUAUUAAGGUCUCGUUAUCAAAAUUACUGUGGACUUAGUAAAAAUCUCUACAAUUAUGAUUCAUAUACAAAUCAUUAUCAGUUAAUUGAAUAUUAUUGAUUUAUUCAAAUUUCAUCCGGAAUGGAAGAGAUUGAUUGUCAAAGGGUAAAUUACAGUGACAAACUAUUUUAGUUCCCGUAAAUAGCAUAAAUAAUUAUAAAUGUGUAUUUUUUAUUUAAUACUGAGAAA